AUGAAGCCUGUUUACGCCUUGACGUUAUGUCUGGGUCUUCUAGAAGGCGUUGAUGCGGGCGCCAUUCCAGGUUCCACUCCCCCCAAGUCUGGCUGUUCUUUUUCUGAGCCAGAGGUUCCUUUUAUCCAGGAAGAUGCUGGGUUCCUUUCCAAACAGUCUGUGCGCUUGAAAGCAAGAUCAGAUUCCAUCUUCCCCGUCUUUAAGCUGAGGUCUGAGACCGACAGGUCCCGCCUGAGACGCAGGGCUUACAAGACCGGCGAGUCGUACGGCUCUGAUGAAAACUCAGACGAUGAUUCAGAUGAUGAUCCUCUGGGAACUCCCGAGCAGCCCGUUGAGUACUAUGAGGAGCCGAUGAUGGCACCUACCUACGUCCGAGCUGGAGAAUUACCUGUUGACCAGCCCAAAGACAAGUCCUCAAAAGACUCAUCGAAGCCGAAGUCUAAAGAUGGCACAGUCAAGACAGCCAAACAUGGAAGCGAUGAUGAUUCUGAGUCGGGAGGCCACAAGCAGAAGGGCAAGGAUAAGGGAAAGGGAAAAGGCAACGAUGACUCGACAGAGUCCCGUUCAAAGUCGGAGGACUCAUCCAAAACGACAAUUUCAACAACUUCGACAAUCUCUAGCGAUUCUGUAACUCCUACACCUUCAGAUGAUGAUUCUUCUAAAGGUAGUGGCAAAGGAAGCGGAAAGGGCAGUGGUAAAGGGAAGGGGAAAGGAAAGGAUGACUCUAGCAAUCAUUCCGACGACAACCAUGAUGAGAAGUCUCGCACCAGAGUUGAGGACUCAACCAAGACGAAGACUGCUGAUCCUGCCAAGACUACUUCCUCCAGUGGAAAGGGGAGCGGCAAAGGAAAAGGCAACUCUGGGAAGCACGAUGGUAGUGAUGAUGCUACCAAGUCGCGAACCAGGGUCGAGGACUCUACAAAGACUCGAACAACAGAGGUUCCAACUGCCACAGUAGCCUCCAAGGCCAAGGGAAAAUCCACCAAGUCCUCCAAGGAAGACUCCAAGAAGUCGAAGAGUACCCCCAGACGCUCAAGAAGAGGCGUCGAAGUCUACCAAUCGGGCAAAACCUUCGACGCAGACAGCACCAAAGGCGGCGGCAAGACAACCGUCGGCUACAGCGACAAGUUUCCUGUCCCCAAGCUCAACAAGGGCUACAUCCAGGCCAUCCCACCCAGGGAGCGAAGUGACAGCAAGUCAGGCUUCAAGCUCAAGCCCAAGCCGCAGCUCAGAGACGCAGAUACAAGCAAGUACAAGGUCCGUCCUAUCACAAACUCCCUUCGUAAGAGAGAACAAUUGCUGAGUCUUCGAGCAGCCGCGCCGCUAAACAGCGCCGCCAUCAACCGCGCGAAGUGGACAGUGACGUGCGAUAGUGAGCAUGAGGGGGAUGAGUGUAAGAAUGCUGUUGAUGGAGACGAUGGGACCAUUUGGCAUACCCAGUGGGAGGGAACUGAGCCUGCGCCGCCGCACAAUAUCACUAUUGAUUUUAAAAAAGUCUAUAAUGUUAAUGGUAUCUCUAUGCUACCGAGACAGGAUGACUCGCCAAAUGGAUAUAUUGCCCAGCACCAGGUAUUCCUCAGUAAGGAUAAGAAGAACUGGGGCUCUCCUGUUGCUUAUGGAACGUGGUAUGCUGACAAGACGGUCAAAUAUGCCAACUUUGAUACACAGCCUGCGCGCUAUGUGCGUCUUGUUGCUAUCACCGAGGCGAAUGGUAACCCUUGGACGAGCAUCGCUGAGCUCAACGUCUUCCAGGCAAAUGAAUACAUCCCCCCUCAGCCAUCCAUGGGAGCAUGGGGACCAACUGUCAACUUCCCCAUCAUCCCCGUAGCUGGUACCGUUGAUCCUACCACGGGUAAGGUUCUCGUCUGGUCGUCUUGGGCUCGAGAUACCAUGGAUGGAGGUCCUGGCGGUUUGACUCUCACUUCUACCUGGGAUCCAGCCACUGGCCUAGUCUCGGAGCGAGAAGUCACCGAGACAAACCACGACAUGUUCUGCCCCGGCAUUUCCCUCGAUGGAAACGGCCAACUUGUCGUCACAGGUGGUAACAACGCCGAGAGAACCAGUCUUUUUGAUCCAGUUCAGCAAAGCUGGGUUCCUGGCCCUGACAUGAAAAUCGCCCGAGGCUACCAUGCCUCUGCCACCACAUCCACAGGCAAGGUCUUCACAAUCGGUGGUUCCUGGAGCGGCGGUCAGGCCUUCAAGAACGGCGAGGUGUACGAUCCAAAGAAGAAAGCCUGGACGCUGCUGAACAAAGCUGAUGUGCAGAAGAUGCUCACCAACGAUGUGCAGGGCUUGUUUCGCUCUGAUAACCACGCUUGGCUAUUUGGUUGGAAGAGCGGAACGGUCUUUCAGGCUGGUCCUAGUACGGCUAUGAAUUGGUACUACACGAACCAGAAGGAUGGGGAUGUCAAGACUGCUGGACAGCGAAAGUCCGAGCGUGGUGUUGCACCUGAUGCCAUGUGUGGCAAUGCCAUCAUGUUUGAUGCUGUCAGGGGCAAGAUCCUUACCAAUGGUGGAACUCCGAAUUAUCAGGACGCUGAUGCUACUACUGAUGCUCAUGUCAUCACCAUUGGAGCUACUGGUAAAAACGCCACUUCAUCUUAUGCCAGCGAAGGACUCUUCUUCCCUCGCGUCUUCCAUAGCUCUGUUGUUCUUCCCAACGGCAACGUCUUCAUCACCGGAGGUCAGGAGUAUGCGAUCCCCUUCGCCGAUUCAACGCCCCAGCUUCAGCCUGAGAUGUAUCUCCCAGACGAAGAUCGCUUUAUACUCAUGAAGCCGAACAACAUCGUCAGAGUAUACCACAGCAUCGCCCUCCUUCUCCCCGACGGCCGAGUCUUCAACGGCGGAGGUGGUCUCUGUGGUGGAUGCGAUACAAACCACUUCGACGCUCAGCUUUACUCACCUCCCUAUCUGUUCGACACCAAAGGGAAGUUGGCUACGAGACCUAAGAUAAAGUCUGUGUCCGUCUCCACGAUCAAAGUCGGUGGAACGGUUACCGUGCAGACGAAUGGUGCUAUUAUGCAAGCUUCACUUAUUCGGUACGGAACGGCGACGCAUACUGUCAACAGCGAUCAGCGCCGUAUUCCUCUUACAUUGGGCAAUCCUGGUAAGAAUACGUAUUCUUUCCAGGUGCCGAGUGAUCCUGGUGUUGCACUGCCUGGGUAUUGGAUGUUGUUCGUGAUGGAUAAGAAUGGUGUGCCGAGUGUGGCUUCUACUAUCAAGGUUACUGGUUCGUGA